GUCCCCCGAUCUUUGACGCUGAAAGGAGAGCCACUUUCGCUUUGUGGGACUCUUGCUACGAGUCGUCGACGGUAGCAAGGUGAAGACGACGACGCACAAGUCUCGUUGACGAUCAUCCCGAAAGCUCUGGCGCUUACUCAUCACUCGUACCCCAAGUGCGAUCGAUACCUCAUACCAGGAUCAUAUCGAACGAAGAUUUUCGACUCAAAUCCAUCGCAAGCAAACAUCAAAAGCGGCCUCUGUGUCAACAUGCCCAUGUUCACUCAAUUCUCCGGGAUUUCGAAACCCCGGCAGAUCAACCUCUCUGGUCGACCAUCUUCAUCCCAACCUUCCAAUUCAGAGACUCUCCUCGCAAAAGCUCGGGAGGAACGUCGAGCGAGAGAGCGCAAUCGCUUGGAGAUCACCAGCGCCUCGUGUAUCCAGAGGGUAUGGCGAGGUAGACGAGCUGCUCGAGAGGUCCGAGACAGCUUGAGGAUCGAUGUACAGCAUCUUCUCGGACAGCCCGAAUUGGGAUCGGAGGAAUGGACGUUUCUGAACAGGGCCUUGAUGAUCAUUCUCUGGAAUGACCGUGCUCUCACUUCCAACGAUGACGACGGGGAGUUGUUAGUGCGAUGGUGUCGAGCGGGAACAGCUGCUCUCGAUCGCGGCGGUCAUCAUGCUUUACUACCACUCGCCUCCGACCCAAGUCAUAUCGCAACCAUUCGCUGCCUGUUGGAUCGAUCGCUGUCACUGUUUUCUCGCCCCACGGGCUUCCCGAACGCCGAAAUCGUUCACUACCUGUAUCGAUUCUUACGAGAAGACAAUUGGAAGUCCUUACUCGCCAGCUCGAACGAUGAAGAAACCAUAGGGUCCGCUUUGAGAAAGCGGCUGAUUGAGAGCUUGAUCGAGGGAAAGCGUGGAUGGGUCGAGCGUCUUGUGGCUGGAAUGCAACAUAUCACUCCAGCUCAGAAAUCACACCCCGCACUACCGCCUCUCGUCGACCUGCUCGUCAUGCCUUCCAAAAGCUACCCCGAUAGCACCGCUGUCGGAGCCAAGAUAUACCCCGCCUUCCUCAACGACCUACUUUCUCGACCGAAUCUCAUGAGCAGCUUGCCCCUGUCUAGUCUGGGCGUACUCAUGGGCGGUCUGCAGCUUUGGAACAAGUUGAUCCCGCUGACAACAGGUGCUGUUGGGCAGAGCAUUCUCGAUUCGGGAAGACUGAAAACGGAGAUGGGCAAGACUGAUCUACUGGCGAAUUUGGCGACCAUCAUCGUACGAACCGGGAUGAUCGACAAGAAGCAAGUGCAGGAUGUGGCGGGUUGGAUGAAGCUCUCAACGUCCGUUCUUGAGGGUGUCGAGGACGGGUGGGGGCUGUGGAUCGAGCGUCAAGGGAUCUGGGCUGUGCCCGUAGCGAGGGUUGGAAGUGAUUCGGUCAUGGCGGGACCUGGAGAAGGAAUCGACACGGUUAUGGACAGCGAUGGAGAGGAGGAUGAAGAACUCGCGGGCGGGAGGAGACGCUUACGUGAAGGACAACUCGUGGCCGAGAACAGAAGCCGAGCGCGAGGACGGGUAGAACCCGCCACAACCACCAAGCUCUUGCAUCUGUUUUCACCGCAGCAUCUCAACCUCCUUGCAGCCAAGUCUAUCAACGACCGGGUUGCCACGGAAGCGCUCACUGGGCUCGUCACGACCAUGUUGAGAGCUUUCAGAGGUAGCCCUAGAUGGGAAGGCAUACUCGAGGGCAUCUUGCAAAGCGAACACGGUAUCCAGCUGCAGCGACAACUCUGGCUUGUCGUCCGGACUCACUGGAAGAACAUCACAAAGGCGACCUGGGAGAGCCUCUUCACGCCGACAUCCAGCAAAACACCGCAUCUACCAGCCCUGCAACUCUUUUCGACCCUAUACUUGCAGAACCUCUUGACCUUGCCGGAUGACGAGUUUUUCGAACCCGUGCGCAAGGCCGGAGGUCGAAGCGCACUCAGCCUCGACGAGGUUGGAGACCUUGCAAGCAUAUGGAAAGAUCUGGCUUUCUAUGGUUACGUAGUUGGAGUUGGAGCCGGACCGGAGACACCCGUCACAAAGCGAAAGGAGGAACUGAGGAGCCUUAUGACACAAGGAGUUCUUGCUGUCAGCGCCAGAAAUGCGAGGCGAAAAUUCCUGGCCGAAGGUUUCUGGAUCAUGAUAGACGACUCUGAGAUGGGCAGCUUCAUAGACACCGUCUGUCAGGAGGAACAGCAGCUAGAAGGAACAGCCGAGGAGGAAGACGACAUGAAUGAAAACAUCCCCGACGAUCAACUGGCAUUGGUACCACCACCCUGGUUGCGAGCCAGACGUUUGCUGAGCAAGCGACAGAUGGCGAAGAUCAGUCCUAGAUUGGGUUUACUCAAUAAUCUACCGAUGACACUCCCCUUCGAAUCUAGGGUGGAAAUCAUGGGACAAUUUGUCAACAACGACUACAACAAGCUAGCGAAGUAUAUGAGGAGGCGUAAACUGCGUCACUAUGCUACCAUCCGACGCACCCACCUGAGUGAAGACUCGUUCCGGGAAUUUAACAAGCUGGGCGCUGCUUUGAAAGGUAGCAUUCAGAUUACUUUCUUAGACGAAUUCGGCGAAGAAGAGAUGGGCAUCGACGGCGGCGGCCUCUUCAAGGAGUGGCUUAUCAGCCUUUCGAAAGAAGUCUUCGAUACCGACCGCGGAUUGUGGUUGGCCACGUCCCAGAACGAACUCUACCCGAACCCCCAUCGAUAUGCAAAGGAGCCGCAUCAACUGGAAUGGUAUACGUUCAUCGGUCGCAUGCUGGGCAAAGCGCUCUACGAGGGCUUGCUCAUGAACGCUUCUUUCGCGGGAUUCUUCCUGUCCAAGUGGCUUGGCAGGCAGAGUUACCUGGAUGACCUAGCUUCUUUGGAUUACGAUCUCUACAAAGGCUUGAUCGCUCUGAAAAAUUAUCCUGGAGACCCGGAGGACAUGUCACUAACUUUCACACUGGAUCAAGAGGAAUUUGGGCAGACGGUCUCUAUCGACCUCAAGAGAAAUGGUUCGAAUAUUCCAGUCACCCGAGCCAAUCGAAUGGAAUACAUCCAGCUCGUCUGCGACUUCAAGCUCAACAAACAAAUUGCGCCUCAAUGUGAAGCCUUCUUUUCUGGAUUGUCUGACAUUAUCGACCCCAAAUGGUUGAGGAUGUUUGACCAGCAAGAGCUGCAAACGCUCAUCGGUGGAGCGGAAACUCCGAUCGAUGUUGACGAUCUCCAGCAACAUUCGGUCAUGCAUGAGAAAGACGAUCCUCUUUACGACGUGUUUUGGAAGGUCGUACGUGGAAUGACGCAAACGGAACUUCGAUCGCUUCUCAAGUUUGUUACCUCGACACCGAACCCACCUUUGCUCGGAUUCAAGCAACUUAAUCCGCAAUUCGGCAUUCGCCUCAAUCCCCAUGGACACGACAUCAACAGAUUGCCUACAGCCGCUGCGUGCAUGAAUCUGCUCAAACUACCCCGAUACAAAGACGAACACACCCUCAAGGCCAAGCUCUUGCAAGCUAUCAACUCCAACGCCGGAUUCUACCUUUCCUAAUCCGAUACCAGAGUCUCCUGGCAUUCUUUGGCUCUUCUACUUCGAUGAGAAAUAUCACGCCCGCUGUAUCCGCAUCUUUGACGUCAUGAAUGAAACGAACUGUACUUCACGUAGAGAAUCUGUUAUUAGCAUCAUUAUUCACGA